UGUAGCACAUUCCACGAUACGUGGUUGCUCGCUGUUGGUGUUUAUGUAGCGCUGAGAUCAAUCUCCAGAAACAAAACGAAAGUAGUGUAUAGCAUGAUAUGCAUUUGAAUGUUCUAGAAUGGAAAAGGAAGUUCUAACGCUAAAGGAUAUUAAAGGAUUAGCAGAUACAUAUCUGAAAUGCCGGUUGUGCAAUGACAAUUUAAAUACGUCUGUUGGAUUAUCUCGCCUUCUUCCAUGUUUACAUAGCUUGUGUAUUCCUUGUCUCGAGAAAAAGAUAAUCGACAAAGAAAUUAUUUGUCCUGAUUGUUACGAAAAACAUCUCAUUCAAGAAAGAGGCUUGGACGAACUUCCAAGUGAUCCUAAUCUCAAGAACCUCCAUACAUAUGUUGAUUUUCAUAGGAAUGGAGAGAAAGAGAUAUGCGGAAUGUGCGAAAAACACACUGACCUUUCACAUCGAUGCAAACAAUGUGAAGUUGUUAUUUGUUAUGGGUGUGUUUUGAUCCACAAAAAGAUACGAAAACUUAUACAUCAUGAAUUAUUCCCUAUCCGCCGAAACUCUGCUGAUAACCCAAAUGACCCAGUUGAGUUUUCGUCGGAUGUAUUUUGCACUCAACGUGAUCAUGAAAAGGAAAUGCUGAGAAUUUACUGUUCCUCGCCUUGCAGAAAGUCAGUUUGCAUAUUAUGUGCCUUCCGCAAUCACCGUGGACAUGAACAAUCCUUGCUGGGCGAUGUUUACUGCAAGGAAAGACUGAAGGCAAACGUUAUAUACUCUGAAAUUGAAAGUCAAGUCAAGGCGAUAGAAAAUGUCAUUCAGUGUGUCCAAAAAGAGAUGCAACUUAUUAGAGAGCAUGCGUUGCAUGAAAAACAUUCUAUGGAAGCAACAAUGGGAAAUGCAAAAGAAAUCAUAGACAGAAGAGAAAAAGACCUUUUAGGAGAGGUAGAUGUUCUCUCUCUUCAGAAAGAUAAGACAUUGCAAAAUCAAGCAGAUUCUUUACAACACAACAAAGAUUCACGUAACGAAGCGAUUUCGUUUUUCCAGCAAUCACUAUAUUAUAAUAACAAGCCAGCUUUUCUCCUGAUAUCAAAGGCGAUGUUACAAAGACUUAAUGAGCUUGGGAAAAGAUCAUACCAUGUAGACGCGCACACUACUUCUAUUUCUUUUCGAUGCGUGAAAUCUGCAACAAUGUUGGACUUUCAAGAGAAUAUAAAUACACUAGUUAAGGUGCUUGUAUCAAACGCAAAUGUUUUUCGGUGCCAAAAUUCUGUUCCAACACAUUGUCUGGUACACGAGAUAUGUCUAAUAUCCAUGACAUUGAUUUCCUCUAGUGGAUCCGUAAUAACCAAUGAGGACGUUACAUUUAUUAUUACAAAUGACAGAGAAACGAAAGUCGAAAUAACUUGUACAUUUUCGGACAUUGACAAAGCCAUGAGAGGAAAAUGGUGUCCAAAUAAGAGUGGAAUGUUUCAAUGGACAGUAUUAUCCAAUGGAAUAGAAUUGACCGUUAAAAACCUCGUAUGCGUUGAGGACAAAUGUAAAAUGACUGAAGAUAGAUCUGUGAAGUUUUUGGUACUGUGUAUGAGAAUUAGUACUUCAAACUGCGAGUUGGCAUUUUCAUUGCAAGAUAAUGCUGAUAGAGCGAUCUCCAUAAGGGAAUUGGAAAUCGUGAAAAAAGUUUUCUCAGAGGGAGAAAUUUCCAUACUCUUUAGUGAAAAUGGUAAAGUAAUAGCUAUUGGAAAUGAUGCGGAGAGUAUGUACAUGGAUGCUAGCAAAGAAGACGUUCGACUUUGCAGACUCUCAGAGGAUAACUUAAAAGUAAUAACAACAGAUGAUUCACCAAGUGACGCUGGGACAGAUAUGACAGUUUCAGAAGUCAUUAUAUCUUGUAUACAAUAUCUCAAAGAUACAUUUGAGAACUCGUGGCUGAAACUCGGUUUUAUAACCCCGUUAGACGUAUAUUUGAUGAUAAUCCUUCCUACAAACUUUCGAAAUAUUGCAAAGGAUAUUUUAACAGAAAAGAUUGGAACAAAAGUAAACGAGAUCCAUCUUGUAUCAGAAAUUGACGCAAUACGUUAUUUCUAUGAUAACAUAAAAAGCGACUCCUUGUCCCUGGAAAGCAAGGCUUGGCAUCACAUCUCCCCUGGUUGCAGAUACAUGAUGUUGUAUUGUGGAGGCAAUACCCAAGCAACGAUUGUAUGUUUUGAUCCAGACGGCAAACAGCAUAGACAAACCUGUGAAGAAACAGUAGGGGGAUUCUAUAUCCGUAAGCGUGUACUUGAUGUUUUAGGGGAAAUCAUUGGAGACGAUGUUCUGGAUUACUUCAAAGGAGAAAACCAUCCAGAUUAUAUUGACUUUAUGAAAAGACUAGAAAUGUCGAAGAAAGUUGCAAAAACUACAGCCGAUUUCACAAUUCGCUUGACGCGCUAUCUUCUUGAAGAUUACCAAAAAAAGAAAGGAAAAUCUUUGGAAGAAAUAAUUGAAGCCAUAUACAAUUUAGGUUACGAUAUGAAGUUGAAUGUACAAACGCUCCAUAUCAAUGCUGGAUUUAUUCUAGAAGAAUGCUUUCAAAACAUACUUGAGUACACUGAGAAGAAUCUGGAUAAACACCAAACAAACAAUAUAUUACUGUAUGGAGGUCAUGCUAACAGCGCAUGUUUUCUAUCUCUGAUGUCAAAACGCUUCCCAUGUGUGCGAAUUGUGGCCCCAGAGAAUGCUGAUUUAGCAGUGGUAAAAGGGGGUGUAUCAUAUGGCCACUUUUAUCGGCCAUACAAUGUAUAACCAAAAACCCUAAUAUUUUCAAAGGGUUCUAUGUUGAAAACAAAAUUUUAUUACCAUAAUUUGGUGAUAGAAAAUAUAAGAAAAUUUGAAUUACCAGUAGAUUGUCAAGUUGAUCUUUUUGAUAAAGUUAUAGUUCCAGUAUUACAUAAUGAUAUAUAUAUAUAUGGUUCCGAAGUAUGGGGCUUUGAAAACCGCGAUCUUGUAGAACGUAUACAUUAAUUUUUUUUAAAACAUGUAUUCAAUUUAAAAAGUUCCACGCCAACGUACAUGGUCUAUGGUGAAGCAGGUCGCUUCCCUAUAUAUAUUUUAGUAUACUGUAGAAUGAUUACAUAUUGGGCCAAACUGUUUUCAUGUUAAGAAAAUAAAAUUGCAUAUGUUUUGCAUAAACAUCUAUUUAAAUUACACUAUGAUGGAGUUUUAACAAAUGCAUGGUUAGAUUGUAUACAGAAAAUUCUUAAUAUGUGUGGUUUAUCUUAUAUAUGGCAAGAACAAGGUCUCACAAUUAAUGUUAAAGGGAUAAAUUCUAUCAUUAAACAAACAUUACAAGAUCAGUGUAUAUAAAAAUGGUCCAGUCGACUCCAGUGAUAAUUCUUCAAAAGGGCAAUUGUACAGAAUCUUUAAACUACAUUUGGUUUUGAAAGUUAUAUCAAUAAGCUAUCCGAAAUUCAGAAAUAUGUUUUUAAAGUUUCGAACAACAGAUCAUCGAUUACCAAUUGAGGUUGGGAGAUGGGAUACCACUGUGUGAGAUACUUUGUUCACUAUGUAAUAAUAACCAAAUUGCAGAUGAGUUUUAUUAUAUUCUGGAAUGUAAAAAACUGUCUGAUGUUAGGAAAUUAUACCUUGGGAAAUAUUAUUCACAUAGACAUAAUGUUAUCAAAUUCAAAGAUCUUAUGUCAACCCAAAAAGAAAAAAAUAUAUAUUUAAAAAAAAAAACUAUAUUUAGUUUGAAAAAUUAUGAUACCGUCUGUCCUCCUAGAUUACCAAAUGUGUAUUUUCUUUUUCUUUUUAUUCUUCUUAAUGUAAUGUACCUCUGGCCAGUGUUAUUUAUGAUGUACAUAUAUUUUUACUGUUCCCCAUGUACCAUUAAUGGUUUGAAAGAAUAAACUGAACUGAACUUAAGAAUUA